UCCUUUUCACUGAUAAUGGUGAAGUUCAUACAGUUUCCAGGAAGUGACGACAGUGACGGUUCAGAGGCGCUGACGUUCUGCACGGCCGGAAGAGUGAGGGACGGAUGCAGUUCCCACCCCCCUCCCACGGCGUGUGUCCCGUUCGCGGGUCUUCUUUCACUUAUAAGGAUAAAUCCUUCUGAACACAUGGCACAGGCAGACCAUGAAAUGGAGUCUACUAUCAUGUAUCAUGGAACAACUGUACAGGCAGCCACUCUUAUCAUUAUAGGAGGAUUUCAAGUCUCUCCAACAGGGAUGCUGGGGAAAGGCGUCUAUGUCAGUAGAGAUCCAGAAAAGGCCGAAAGGUAUCCACUAAGUUAUCCAAAAGAGCGGAAAGUGGUUCUGAAGCUGUCUAUAAAGAUGGGAAAAGUGCUGAAGAUUACUCAUCAAGGUCACCCCCUGCAGUAUACCUGGCAUGACCGCGGCUAUGACUCUGCGUGGGUGCCGCCAGAAUGUGGCAUGGUUCCUAGUGGAUUAGAAGAAGCCUGUGUAUAUGACCCAGGCAGGAUCACAGUUAUUGAUGUUUAUAGUUGUCCUCCAAAGUACAUUGAUGCUUUAAAAUCAUAUAUUGGUAAUCCUAAUGCUUUGACAAAAGAAAAUUAUCCAUUAGUAAUGCAAAUAUUAGUGGAAGAAGUUAUGUAUGACAUUAGUACCCGACAGUAACAGCUCCACUUCAAUAUUUUAAUUGGUUAGGGAUAUGUAUGCUUGUCAAUUUAAUAACAUCAUCAAGGACAGAUUGUGUGCUUUAACCCCUUCUAUUCACUAUUACCCUAACUGAUUUGCAUUUGCAAUUAGAAGGUAUACUUAAUACAAUGGAACUGUAUUAUGAGUUAUAUAUUGUACAUGGAAUAUGCUGUUGCAACAUUAAUGAAAUAAAUAUAUUGCACUGUGAUAA